AUGGCGCUGAAUCUCCGUCUGAAGCAAACCGAAUGCAUUCUUCGGAUGCUGAAUCUGAACCAACCGGUGAGUUCCGUAUCUGCCGGCGCCGGCGGCGGCAGCGAAGAGGUGUAUAAGAUCUUGAUCUACGAUCGCUUCUGCCAAGACAUCCUUUCUCCGUUAAUCCACGUCAAGGACCUACGUAAGCAUGGCGUCACUCUGUACUUUCUCGUCGACAAGGACCGUAAGCCUGUCGUCGACGUCCCCGCUGUGUAUUUCCUCCAGCCUACUCCGAAUAAUAUCCAGCGGAUCAUCUCGGACGCCGCUAAGUCCCUCUACGACUCUUUCCACCUCAACUUCUCCUCCUCCGUUCCCCGCCCCUUGCUCGAAGAUCUCGCCGCAGGUACGGUCAAUUCCGACUCCAUUCACCGGAUUUCUAAAGUCCACGAUCAGUACUUGGAGUUCAUCACUUUAGAGGAUAAUUUGUUUUCGCUUGCCAAUAAGAAUUGUUAUGUUCAGUUGAAUGAUCCAUCGGCCGGGGAUAAAGAUAUUGAGGAUAUAAUUGAUGGAAUAGUUAGUGGCUUGUUCUGUGUUCUGGCCACGCUCUCGGUUGUUCCGGUUAUUAGGUGUCCACGCGGCGGUCCUGCUGAACUGGUCGCGUCACGGCUCGACCAGCGUUUGCAGGACCACUUGUUGUCUAAGAAUAACUUGUUUACUGAAGGGGGGAAUUUAACCAGUCAGAUCCAGAGGCCGGUCUUGUGUUUGUUUGACAGGAAUUUUGAGUUAUCCGUGGCCAUACAACAUGAUUUUAGGUAUAGGCCUUUGGUUCAUGAUGUUUUAGGGUUGAGGUUGAAUAAGUUGAAUGUGCAGGGGGAGAAGGGCGGAAUGAAGUCGUACGAGCUGGACAGGUUGGAUCCAUUUUGGGUGGCUAAUGGAUUGUUGGAGUUCCCCGACGUUGCUGUUGAAAUUGAGAAUCAGCUGAAUAAGUAUAAGAGAGAUGUUGAGGAGGUCAAUAGGAAGACCGGAGGGAGUGGUGAGGUGGAUUUUGAAGGGAAUACGAAGCAUUUAAUGAAUGCCGUUAAUUCUCUUCCAGAGCUGACGGAAAGGAAAAAUGUUAUUGACAAGCACACUAAUAUAGCUACUGCAUUGCUGGGGGAGAUUAAAGAGAGGUGUCUUGAUUCGUAUGCAAACAAGGAGAAUGAAAUGAUGGUUAGAGGAGGGAUUGAUCGGAAUGAGCUUAUUGGAGUGCUGAAAGGCAAGGGAUCAAAGAUGGACAAACUGCGUUUUGCUAUCAUAUAUCUUAUUUCUACCGAAAACAUGCCUCCUUCUGAAGUUGAGAUGGUGGAGACGGCAUUGAGGGAAUCUGAGGUUGAUACCAGUGCAUUUCUGUAUGUGAAAAAGAUUAAGUCUUUGAAUGUUGCACUAACUUCAGCAAAUUCAGCUAGCAGGAGUAACCUCGUUGAUUGGGCUGAGAAACUCUAUGGACAAUCAAUCAGUGCUGUUACUGCUGGGGUCAAGAAUCUGUUGUCUAGCGACCAUCAAAUGGCUUUGGUCAGAACAGUGGAAGCAUUGAUGGAAGGAAAACCUAAUCCAGAUAUCGAAUCCUAUCUCACUUUUGAUCCCCGUGCUCCCAAGUCAAGCUCCAGUACUUCAGGCGGCAGCCAUCUGAAAGGGCCCUUUAAGGAAGCUAUCGUGUUUAUGAUUGGUGGUGGAAAUUACGUGGAAUAUGGAAGUUUGCUUGAGCUCGCUCGACGCCAGCAGCCCACAAGACAUGUUAUCUAUGGGACAACAGAGAUUCUAACAGGAGGAGAGUUUGUGGAGCAGCUUGCAGUACUAGGGCAUAAGAUGGGAUUAGGAAGCAGUAGUGGUGCACCUGCUGCCUCCCAGCAGCAGACCAAAUGA